GACCUCUCCGCUACCCUUUCUCUCGGCGGUGGGUCGGAGCCGCUGUCCCUGGCCUCGCAUGUUUCCCUCUAGAUUCCAGUAUUGAAUUUAAUGCCCCUCUUGUAGAUUUGCCUAAUUUAUACGCCUCUGAAGGGCCACAGUCAGGCGUACGUGUACUGUUCUUUUAGUUGCCCCUGAAUUAGGCUUUUAGAGGCUUUAACCCCGAACAUGGCUGUUGUGAGCGGAUCGUCUGGGCCGGUUGCCCGGCUCGAGGGCCGUGAAUUCGAAUACAUGAUGAAAAAGCGCUCGGUGACCAUCGGUCGGAACUCCUCUCAGGGUUCAGUGGACGUAAGCAUGGGCCACUCAAGCUUCAUCUCGCGGAGGCAUCUGGAGAUAUUCACCACCAGCGACGACGGCACUGGCAGCGGAGAUUUCUACCUGAGAUGUCUCGGUAAAAACGGGGUGUUUGUGGACGGAGUGUUCCUCAGACGGGGCGCCCCUCCUCUGCAGCUCCCUCGAAUGUGCACUUUCAGGUUCCCCAGCACAAACAUCAAGAUCACCUUCACAGCCCUGUCCAGCGGGAAGAAAGUGAAGCGCGAGGCGCCAGAGUCCCCAGUGAAACCAGUACAGCCCCAGAUCUCCCCGCUCACCAUCAACAUUCCAGACAACAUCGCUCACCUAAUGAGCCCCCUGCCAUCGCCAACCGGCACCAUCAGUGCUGCUAACUCCUGCCCCUCCAGUCCUCGGGGUGCAGGCUCUUCAGGCUACAGGAUGGGUGGUCGCAUGGUCAGCUCUGCAGAGCUGCAGCUUAUAAACGACAACUCCCAGCCUGAGAACGACAAAGAGGCCUCUGGAGGUGACAGUCCCAAGGAUGACUCCAAACCUCCAUACUCCUAUGCACAGUUGAUCGUCCAGGCCAUAACGCUGGCUCCAGACAAGCAGCUCACACUAAACGGCAUCUACAAUCACAUCACAAAGAACUACCCGUACUACAGGACCGCAGACAAGGGCUGGCAGAACUCGAUCCGUCACAACCUGUCGCUGAACCGUUAUUUUAUCAAAGUGGCGCGGUCGCAGGAGGAACCCGGGAAAGGUUCGUUCUGGAGGAUAGACCCGUCUUCGGAAGGAAAGCUUAUCGAGCAGGCCUUCAGGAAACGAAGGCCCAGGGGCGUCCCCUGCUUCAGGACCCCACAUGGACCCCUCUCCUCCAGGAGUGCCCCGGCGUCUCCCAAUCACUCAGGGGUGCUCUCCGCUCACUCCAGCGGCAUCCAGACCCCCGACAGUCUGUCACGAGAGGGAUCCCCAGUCCCCCUGGAGCUGGAGACAUCCUCUGCUCCCACCCCAGUGUCCACCACCACGGUCCAGCCCAAACUGGCCGUGAUCCAGGAAGCACGCUUUGCACAAAACACACCAGGCUCGCCUGUCAACAACCAGCCGGUACUCAUAGCAGUCCAGCGUCAGUUACCUCAAACCAUCAAGCCAGUGACUUACACCAUGGCCUCCCCAGUGAGCACCAGCACCUCCCAGCCCGCUGUCCAGACUGUCCACGUCCUGCAGCAGAUCCCGGCAGGGUCCCUCAGUCCCGCCGUCAUCGCCCAGCCAGCCACCAUAAUCAAGAGCGAGCCGCAGGAGAACGGGGAGCACAUGGAGGUUAAAGUCAAAGUAGAGACUGUUCCCACCAUCAGCUCUUUGGGCGCCUCCAGUCGCAUCAUUCAGAGCUCCCAGUCGGCCACGCCCCUGCAGACUGUUACCAUAGUGCAGCAGGCCCCCAUGGGUCAGCACCAGCUGCCCAUUAAGGCUAUCACACAGAACGGCACCCAUGGCAUCACCACUGCCCUCCAAGGACCCGCCAGCUCAGGUCCAGCGGUGGCAAGCCCCCUCCACCUGCUGGCGGCACACGCCUCCGCCUCCGCCUCCCUCCCCACCAAACGGCCGAACGGCGACCAGCUGGCGGACGAACAGCCGGACGCCAAGCGCAUGAAAUCGGAGGACGAGACGGCCUCGGUGGUGGACUCCAAAUCGCCAGCAGCCAACGACCAACACAACUAGUCUGUCCUGACCCCACACCACGCGCCCCCCACCACCUUCAUCUCCUCCUCCCAUCAUCCACAGUUUUCUCUUUCAUCCCCAUCGUUUGUUUCGUUUCUCCUCCUACCACUCACUCCCGAGGUGCCAAACUAAGAAGAUUUUUACUUUCAGUUUGGGUUAUUUGUGUAGAAUAAUAAUAAUAAAAAAUGUCCACCCCUUUAAAAACAUGACUGUGGGUUGAGAACAAACAGAGAAAUGGGACAAAGACGAACUGGAAGGUGUCCCUGUGAGCCGCUGAAACAGAGUGACUGAAGCAAGACCACAGGAAGCCUUAACAACAAGUAACCCUUAAGAGUUGACCUCAGACCUCACGUGAUCUGACCGGGACGGGCCUGCGAUCAGCUCAGGCUGGACGCCACCUUUCUGUCACAUCUACCUCAGAGCAGAUAGGAGACUCUGGCAGCCAGCAGAAGACGAAUCACCCUCCCCACCGACCCGUAUGGACGGCUCUGGACGACGUGACCAACCGAGCGACGAGUACAACGAGCAUUCGAUGGCUAGAUGCUUUUUUUUUUUUUUUUUUCUUUUCUUUUAUUAUUUUUUAUAAUAAUAAAAAAAAAUCAGAAAGGGAUCAACUCGGAGCCAAUAUUCCUAAAAUUCUGGCAGCUAGCCUCUCACAAUACUGACCUUCCUUAAUCGCAGCUGUACGUAGAUAUGCAGUAUUUUGUUGUUCAAAAUGUGGAGCAUAGGAUUUUUUUUUAUGUAUUUACACUUAUCUAGAGAAGUAAUAUUUAAUGAAAGGAAGCGUACAAAACGGUGAGGUUGGUGACAUUUCGGUAACCGAGUUAGAAAUCUUUUUAUGUGAACUUUUCCUUUUUUGUUCGGUGAAACAGUGUAUUAGUUUCUCCCCUCCCCCGCCCACCUUGUUCUGUCAUCCAUAUGAAAUUGCUUCGUUAUACCUACCUACAUAUUUUAAUACUUGCACAGAUAUAAGCAAAUCUCCAUGUGUAGUUCCAGAUGUUGACCUUGCAUGUAUCCGACAACAGAGAAGUCGUUAUUUGUAAAUUGAAUGGAGGAGAAAAAAAAGGAAAAAAAAAUGCUUUGUCCAAACCUGACCUGCACUUAAUUAAAUAUUUGUGUUUUCAUUUA